CCCAAAGGAAGCAGGCCCUGAGAGAGCAAGAGGAAGAGGGGUAACCAUGAAGGUUAAAACCAUUAGCCGCGUGGAGGAGUCCUACACUCGUGACUGCAAGGGUGACCGGCUUCAAGUGCACCGAAACCGCGACCCCUCCCUGCAUCCUUUUGAAAAGGCAAGAGAGUACACCCGAGCACUACAGUCAGUGAAGCUUGACAAGAUGUUUGCGAAGCCUCUGGUUGGGGCGUUGGAUGGGCAUGGAGACGGCGUGUUCUGCUCCGCCUCAAGCAGGAGAAAUCUUGUGCAGUUCUUGUCAGGCGCCUGUGACGGGGAGAUCCGACUGUGGGACCUGUCGCGGCGCAGCUGCGUGUGGCGGGCGGUUGGACACCAGGGUUUCGUUCGAGGUCUGUCGGUCACCCCGGACGGAGCCAGCUUCCUUUCCGCGGGGGACGACGGGAUGGUCAAGCAGUGGGAGCUCGGCGUGGCUUCCGAUCUCUCGGAGACGCCGGAACCCACGGCGACUUGGAUGGGCAAGUCCGGCGGCUUUAAGUCCCUCGACCACCACUGGACGGACGCGAAGUUCGCCACCGCUGGAGACUCGGUAGACCUUUGGGACCACAGCAGAGCCGAACCGACGCUCUCUUACCAGUGGGGUGCGGACAGCAAUAAUUGCGUGAGGUUCAACCCCGCCGAGAGAUGUUUGCUUGCAAGCACGGGCUCCAGCCGAGAAGUGUGCCUCUACGAUACGAGGGCCACGGUGCCUAUGCGCAAGGUUGUAUUGCAAAUGCGAUCAAAUGCCGUGGCGUGGAACCCUCAGGAGCCAAUGAACUUCGUUUGCGCCAACGAAGACACCAAUCUCUACACGUUCGACCUGCGGAACCUCAACCAGGCCUUGAUGAUCCACAAGGACCACGUGUCUGCGGUGAUGGACGUGUCCUUCUCGCCCACAGGGCAGGAGUUCGCGAGCGGGUCGUACGACCGCACGGUUAGGGUCUUCCCGCACCGAGCGGGUCGAUCGCGGGAGGUGUACCACACCAAGCGCAUGCAGCGCGUGUUCUGCGUCAACUUCAGUGCGGAUGCGAGGUUUGUGAUGACGGGCAGCGACGACACGAACCUUCGGAUCUGGAAGGCCAAUGCGUCGGAGAAGCUGGGGAAGGUGGUGCCGAGGGAGGCCAGGAAGCAAGAGUACAGGAACAGCCUCAAGAAGAGGUACGAACACAUGCCCGAAGUACGGCGAAUCGCGAAGCACCGACACGUGCCGAGAAUCGUCAAGAAGGCGGCGGAGGCGGAGCGCGUGCAGAGGGACAAGGAGCGCCGGAAGGUGGACAACCGCAUCAAGCACAGCAAGGCCGGGACGGUGGAGACGGUGCCAGAGAGAAAGAAGAAGAUCGUCAAGGAACUCACGUAGAGGCACGCUUUUCUCGUCUUUCGCCCGGUCGUGUUCUCACGAGGACGCGCGUCUCACGUGUGGCAAUCCCUGUUGCUGUGUUGGUAGUUUUGUUUAGCUGGUGGCCCCUCGAGCGCCAAUUGUGUCUCUGUCGUUUGUUGUUGGGAGCUACAAGAACAAGACAUCUCUCUCGAGUGCCCUUGGAAAAACGUCGACUCUUUUGGCUUCAUAUUAGCGAGGGCUGACUUUGUCAAGGGUGCGAAAAGGGGAGCUUGGGAGUAAGCACUGCUGAUGCAGUCUGAAUUGGGAUAAAUUGUCGGAAAUGUAGCGUCAGCCCGCACUUCGUCCCGAGCUGAGAACGCACAAGAAAGCUGCGAAGGAAAUUUCUUAGAACGCUCCCCCGCCGAUACUGAUUCAUGCUCUCCCGUGCCGAAGGAAUGGUUGAGGGGGGAGGGGCUUGGCGUGAAAGCAUGUGAAGCGGCAUCCAUACAUCCGGAGAGUGCAGGCGGAAGACGAGUAUGUGCAUGUAUAGAGGAGUUUUGUGGGCUGUUCGGCCGUAUCAGGAGUAAUGAUGAAGGUGCUAAGCAGUGCACAAAAUGAGCUACGGGACACACAGGGU